GAUCCGGAAGUCUAAUCACGUGAUAGUGUGUACACGACAGGCGUACGAUCAGGCGAGAAAUUCUUAGCUGCAAAUCACAGAGAUUCUUGAAAAUGAGAAAGUGUGGUGGAACUUCAGAAGUCAAGCAGGCAGAUGAAGAAAUUCAGAGCCUGUGUGAAAAGAUAAGAAGUGACCUGGAGAGCAAAGCAAAUCGUUCACUUUCAGCAGAUAGCUUCAAAGCGGUUUCAUACAAGUCUCAAGUUGUUGCUGGCACAAACUACUUUGUCAAGAUUGAUGUGGGUGAUGGCGAGUUCAUUCACGUGAGGAUUUUCCAGGCUCUUCCAUGUAAUGGAGGAAACAUCUCUCUGCACAGUUUUCAGGAUGGCAAGAGCCUUGAGGAAGACAUAGCUUAUUUUUAAAAUCAACAUUUCAUGCUGCACCUAAUGCUGGAUUUAGCACUGAGAACACCAGCAAUCAACAUUGCAAUAGAUUUCUUUUUAAGAAAAAUGUUCUCCACAAAAAUAGGAAGUAACUUUAUAUCACUUAGGUUUUACAGCUUUUCCAGGUUCGCUAGGUUUGAUAGAUACUACUGUUUAUACUAAAAAAUCUCAUUCCUCUGUCUUGCAUGGAUAUAUAUAAAAUCAUAUAAGACAGGGUGUGACAUAUUACAGUACUGAGAUAUGCAGAGAUUUUGUGGCUUGUUCAAGAAAAAGAAAAUCAAAAGUGCUGCUUAAUGAGAGAUGUCACCAUUUUCACAGUUCAAAACGUUUAUGACUCCGUGAUCAACAAUUUGGAUAGUCUGAUAUAUCUGCAAGAAUAGAGGUAUCAUUAGUCAGGAAAGAAUAUGCAGAUAGACAAAUGACUAAUCAUAUAGCUGGUUCAAUUUAAAAUCCAUCUGCUGGAGACUUUCACACACAAAGACACUUUAGAAUAAGAGAAGAAGUCAAUGAAUAACAUAGACCUCAGGCAAGACACUCAGUCCAGGAUGAUAAUCAAGAUCUCUGCGACAAUGGCAGACAUAAAGAUCAAAACAGUAGCAGAAAAACGGUUUUUACCUCUUGGCAUUAAUGUGAUGGAAGGUGUUCUGCAAGAAAGCAACACAGAGCUACUUUUGUCCUCAAUAUUGGCUAUUUGAAUAUUGACAGUCAAACAACAUACAAGUAACACUACAUAUGAUUAACAUUUUAAAAAGAGUAAGAAAAGUGCCGAGAUCCUCAUUUUGGAACCAAACCAAGGGAGAUAACUGGGAACAAGAGCUUCAUUGUUUUGCUUUCUUAUCUCCUAACAUGUAAACCUUUUAUAACACAUGGCUUAAUUUUUCACUGGCAUGUGAAAUUCAUGAGGCCUUCAGUUUUUACACAUAUAAGCUUAUUUUAUGUCUGCUGCAAUAUUUUUUACCUCUAAAUGCAUUUUUACCUUUACAAAAUACAUGGUAUGGGUCAUAUAUAUGUCAAACUUUAAAAUUUAAAUAUUCAUGUAGUUUUUCAUAUAAUACUUGAGACCCAUAAAAAGGAUUGAGCAUAUUCAAGAGGAAGUUUAACUAGGAAACAGAAUAGUUUAGUUUUCCUUCAAAUCUUGUGUUUCAUGUACAAUAUAUUAAGUCUGCUGUAUGCAGACAGUUUUAUAUGUCUAUGAGGGUGUACAGUACAAACCCCAUGUUUUGCGCAACAAGUAUCCAUCAUUGUUCUUGGUCUUGUAAUUUGUAAAGGAUUUUUACAGUGUACUGAGGGUUAGUGUAUGUUCUUCUCUGAAAAUCAUAUCACUGAGGGUUUUCAUAAAACUGAGUUUCUUAGUUGAUGUAAUUUUUAUUUUUAAUUAGACUACAGAGUCUGAAUGUAGAGUUUAAUACAAUGUACAGUUAAGAUUCUAUCAGUUUUUGAGUGCUUAACAUUAAAAUUAUUAAAAUAUAAAUCUUCUCA